AUGAAUUAUACAAAUACCAUUAGGCGUGAGAAGAGGAAAAGACAGGAGGAAAUAAAUAAUGUUAUUCAGAAAAAAAUAAAAAAUUGUAAUAUGUUAAAAUAUUAUCAAAACACAAAACAAAAUGAUUAUGAUUUCUCUUCGUUAAUGACGAAGAAUAUUGGGAUAAAUAAAAGUCAACAGAUAUUUAUAAAAAAUGUACAUAAUGAUGAAAAUCUAUGUACUUAUGAAAAUGACAGUGUGCAGAAAGCAACACAUCAUUUGAUUAAAAACGAAUAUAAUGAUACAAAAUUUUUGUUAUAUGAUGAAAUGUGCGUAAACCAAAAAGGAAAUAAAAAUGUACAAUUCCUUGUUCAUUUGAAAAAAUACAAAGAAGAAUGUAGUUACCCACAUUUUAUUAGAAAAGGUUUAAAAAGGAAAAAUGAGAAGGAUAUGAAAAUGAUAGAUGAUGAGAAGUACGACAAAAAAAAUAUAUGCAACAAAAAUAUUUAUAUAGAGAGACCAUGUGAACAAAAUGCCCAUAUAAAGGAAAAGAAUGAACAAGACGUGAGCACAUGUAAUGAUAUGAAUAGGUUGAAGGGUUAUAAGAAAAAAUUGGGUCAUCCAAAAAAAAAGAAAACUAAUCACAAAGGUAACAAUAAUAAUGAUGGGGAUAAUAAUGGUGGACAUCAUAAUGGUGGCGAUAAUAAUAAUGGAGAUAAUAAUAAUGGCGAUAAUAAUAAUGGCGAUAAUAAUAAUGGAGAUAAUAAUAAUGGAGAUAAUAAUAAUAAUUAUUAUUAUAAUAACCUUUGUAAUAAUAAUUGUGAAGAUAAUAAAGCUCAUUCACACAUGUGGGAAGGAUUAUUAAAAAAAGACGUGCUUUUAUUAUUAAUUCAAGCAAUUAAAAAUAUGGGAUAUAAAAAGUCUGCUAAAUAUUUAGAACUAGAAAGUGGUAUAGAAUUAGAACAACCAUUAAUAAAAAAAAUGCAUAAAAAUAUUUUAUUAGGGAAAUGGAAAAAUGCUAUCAUAAGUUUAAAAAAAUUAAAUAUAAAUAAAAAAUUAAUAAAAGCUAUAAGCUUUUUAAUAUAUGAACAAUGUUUUAUAGAGUAUUUAUAUGAAGGUAAAUACUUUGCUGCCUUAAGAUGUUUAAGAAAUAAAUUAGAAAAAUGUUGUUUUGAUCAAGAUACAUAUUAUAGGUUACAUCAAUGUACAACCUUUUUUAUGAUAAUAAAUAACAACAAUGAAAAUUAUGAUAAUUGUCAAAAUAAUGAUAAUUGUCAAAAUAAUGAUAAUUGUCAAAAUAAUGAUAAUUAUAAUAAUAAUUUUUAUUAUAAUAUACAAUAUACAUGUAAAGAGAAAUAUAAAAAUUCUCGUAGUAUUUUAUUUGAAAAAAUUAACAGAUUAUUACCUGAACAUAUCAUCAUACCACCAAGACGACUAGCCAUUUUGCUUCAUCAAUCUUUGAAAUACCAAGUUGAUAAUUGUUUGUUCCAUAAUCAUUUUUCACAAAAAACAUUAAAAAGUAAAAGGACUAUGAAAUGUACAAGAAUGGACAAUUCUAAAUUAUACAAACGAGAUAAUGAAAAGAGAAACAAAUGUAAUAAAUCAGAAUGUAAAAGGAAACAAAGUCAUAUGACAAAAAAUAUAAAAAAAAAAAAAAAGGAUAUGAAAGUUGACGAUAAUAUAUUUAGAAAAGAAAAAAGAAAAAACAAAAAUAAUAAAAAUAAAAUGAAUGAUCCAAUAAAAAUUAGAUGCCCUACGAAUCUAAGUUCAAAUAAUGAACCUACAAAUAAUAAUAAUAUUACAAGUGUCACAACAAAAUGUUUAAGCAACGAAGAUACAUUAAAUGUGUCUAAUAAGGAGAAUACUACUUUUAUGAAUACAUCUAUGUGGAAUAAUGAAAAUGUACAGCAAAAUGGUGAACAAUAUGUACAACAAAAUGGUGAACAAUAUGUACAACAAAAUGGUGAACAAUAUGUACAACAAAAUGUACAACAAAAUGUACAACAAAAUGAAUAUAAUAUAACCAAUAUUAACUUAUCUUAUGAUAACUCCAAAAAAAAAUGUUUUAUGACAUACCCUCCAAGGGCAGAAAAAACGGUGGUUCCUCAUAAAUGUAAUAAAGAAGAAGAAUACCAAGAGGAUGUAUAUAAUGCUAAUACAAGCAACCCCACAUCCUUAGAUAUAUAUAACAAUUCCACAACAUAUGAGAAUCAAAGGAAGAAAAAAAGAAACAUUAUUAUUAAACAAGAAUGUAAUGAAGAAAUGUCAUCAAAUAAUGAUCAGAAUUACGUAAUACAAAAACAAAAUAAUGACAUAAUUAUAAAAGAAGGAACAAUAGAAAAUAUAUUGAAAACGUAUGAAGACGUUAUAAUUACAAAUAAAAAUAUAGAACAUAAUAAUAAUCAUACCGAUAAGGGAAACAAUGAAGAUAUAAAUAAUCUUAAGAAUGUUGAAAAUAAUUUAGUUUCUAAUAAUAAUAAUAAUAUGGAACUAUUAAAUUAUAAAAAUAAAUGUUGUAUAUCCAAUGAAAUAGAGCUACAACAAAAUAAUGUAGAUAAUGAAAAAAUGAAACAAAUGAAGGUAAAUUAUAAUGUGAAAGAUAAAAACAAAUAUAUGAACAAAAAACAAACAAACAAACUAAAUAAUAACAAUAAUAAUAAUAAUAAUAUUAAUAUUUUUAAAACAUGUAAUCAUGAUAAUCAAGAUGAAAUGUAUCAAAGUCGUAAUCAUUUUGAUUGUAAAGAAUAUCCAACAAAAAUUCCUUGUUGUUACAAACAUAAUGAAUUACAUUCUUUAUCUCUUUUAAAGAAUCAUGAAUGUAAAAAAAUAAAAUUACCUUAUUAUUGUAUAAAAAUAUUACAAGGACAUAAAGAUGAAGUAUGGUAUGUUAAUGUAUCUCCGAAUGGAAAAUAUAUAGCAUCGUCUAGUAAAGAUAAAAGUAUUUUUUUAUGGAAAGGUAUCUAUCCAUUUAAUAAAAUGAGAGAAUGGAAUGGACAUAUUGAUGGUGUUAGCUAUAUUAUAUGGAGUCAUAAUAGUAAAUAUUUAGUUUCAGGUUCUAAUGAUUCAAAUAUUAUUAUAUGGAGUCCAAAAAGUAAUAAAAGAAAAUUAAGCCUAAAUAUGCAUAGUGGUCCUAUUACAUCCAUUUGCUGGUCAAAAGAUGAUUCUAUUAUUGUAUCAUCAGCUUUUGAUAAAAAAAUCUUCUGUACUAAAUUAAAUGAAGAAUUAAAAAGCUUUUCUAUUCUAUAUGCCUGGUCUUUUAGUACUAGAAUACAAAAUUUUGUUUUUACAAAUAAUGAUCAAUAUUUAAUUGUUGUAGCUUCUGAUAAAAAUGUUAGAGUUAUUGAUUAUAACCAAAAAAAAGAAUUAUAUAUAUUACCCGAAUUUGAUACUAUCACAUCCGUAUGUGCAUCCAAAUUGUAUAAUCAUAUCCUAGUUAAUAUAGCAGAUCAAAAACCAACAAUCAAAUUAUGGGAUGUUAAAUAUAGAUAUAUUAUACAAACAUAUAGAGGCCAUAAACAAGGCAGAUUUAUUGUACAUUCGACAUUUGGUGGUAAAAAUGAAGACUAUGUUAUAAGCGGUAGCGAAGAUAGCCUAAUAUAUAUUUGGCAUAAAACAAAAGGAUAUCUCUUAGAUGUUAUAAAUGGACAUGCAUCUACCGUUAGUAUUGCUAUUUGGCCUUUAUCCUAUUCCAAAUUCCCAUAUAUGAUAUCAGCAUCUGAUGAUCACACAUUGAUGAUUUGGAACGUACACCCUAAAAUUAACAAAAUUAAAAAAGAAAAAAAAAAAACUAAAAAAAAAUUCAUUCAUCCAUUCUUAAGAGAACUGACCAAAUAUCAUUCCAUCAAAAAUUAA